AUGCUCUUCGCGAGACUGCGAGACAGGACACUGAACUUCGUCAAAGUAUGCUCGGUCAGCAUUUUUCUUAAACACGUUGACAACAGCGAGAUCCGGUUCUUCCAACUUCCAGUAAUAUGGCAUUACUGUACGUUCUUUCGAACCGACUCCAAAAAACGAAACUGCUGCACGCCUUCCCACCGUUCAAUAAGCAGUUCCAACGUAUCACUUCACUUGGGACAAGUUACGUUCCCUGUUUCGUCAGGUAAGCCCUUGAACGGUAUAUGUCCCGCCGAAGUUGUACAAGAUACUGCACAAAAUUUAAAUGAAGGAUCAAUCCCGCAGCCUGUUGCCAAUCGACCUGCCGACCGUUUUGAUCAUCAUCCCACGUUAAUUGACAGUCGUCUCAAGAAAUUGCACUGUCUCCAUUCUGCAACAACAAACAACAACGAUGCGAUUCUACUUCCGGGACAAGUUUCGUUCCCUGUUUCGUCAGGACCAAUCCCGCAGCCUUUUGUCAUCCGACGCCUCGACCAUUUUGAUGACCAUUUCACGGUAGAUGGAACGCUCCACAUGAAACGAAGUCGUCGCCAGUCUACAACAAACAACAACGAUGCGCUACUACUUCCGGGACAAACGACGUUCCCUGUUUCAUCAGGUAAGCCCUUGAACGGUAUAUGUCCCGCCGAAGUUGUAGAAGAUACUGCACCAAGUUUGAAUGAGAGUCCACUUUUCCAGUGCAACAACACAAACACGAACUUUAACCAUGGAGAAACUUCUUGCAACGGUGCAUCCUCCGGCGGAUACCACUCGGUAGCACUUCCUGCUUCGUCAGGUAAGUUUAACAGUGGUAUAUGUCCCGCCGAAGCCGGGAAGGAUACUGCACCAUAUUUGAGUCUGUCCAAAGACGACCUGGCGCUGGUAUUUGGUGACUAUAAUCAAUCCAAGCUGGUGUGGAACCUAUCAUCAAAUGAACCUCCCUCAAUCGAUGUCAUCCGUUCAAGCAUUUCUGCCUCCUGCUCUGCUCUUCUCGACGGUUUCAGUCUCCACGGCCUUGUACAAAUAAAUCAAGUGCUGAAUCGUAAUAAUCGCCUAUUAGAUUUACUGCUGGUGAAUGAGUCAGCGCUCUCUGAAUGCUCCAUCGGGGAAACUACCGAACCGUUGAUCACUCUUGAUGCCGAUCACCCUGCUUUGGAAGUUUGUGUCAAUCUUUCGAUCCCUCUUUAA